CGUUGUACCGUGUGGAAAGUAGUUAUAACAUGUCAUACUGCAAAUUUAACAAGUAUCCUGAAUGGUAAAAUGUUGCAUAUUUCGGUGUUUUCUUGACGCGUUACAGCCAUGUUCUUCUUCUCAAUGAACGAGAUUAAAAAUCCUCCCUAAAAUGUCACUAUAUCCUUCUGCAUGUUUGUACCUUUAGACUAACAUCCAAAGUGUGUGCUCCUUAAUUUAUUAGUGCCUCCAUAACUUGUCAAAGUUGUAAUUCAUCACUUGACUGUUAAAAUGUCUGGAUUCAGCUCAAGAACACUACAGUUUCAACAACCGUGGAUCGAUGCCUUUUCUGAUUCAAAUUUGGCUUUGAACACACUACCCUCAUGCAUCGCAUUAGCAGACUUGCAAGAUGACGCUGACUCGAAAUUAAUUGUUGGAGCUUUCGAUGAAACUUACACGGACGCUAAACUUAAGAUAUUUAAAGGAACAACCGAAUAUGGUGAGGUAAAAUUACCCGGAACCCCGUCUGCUAUACAAACAUUUUACUCGGAUUUGAAUAAAACCAAAAUACCAGGCAUAGGCGUAGCGUCGGGACCGAACAUAUAUGUCUACAAAAAUCUGCGACCCUACUUUAAAUUUACGGUGCCACCUCAGUCAGAGGUCAAUUCCCUCGAGGCUGACAUUUGGCAGCAGAAAUGUGACGCUACCCAACUGACGAAGCUUUUGGAGGAUCUAAAAAUGGAGCUAGGAUUCACAAACCUCAGCCCGGCAUCGCAAAAGCUUCUCCUUUUAGAACCACACUUGAGGGAACAAUUCGUUCAAACACGGGGACAACUUGCAUUGGGAUUGAGAAGAAAGACUACCAUCACAUGUAUGACAUCUAUACCAAAAUACUCGACAGACGAUGAAAAAUCUAUAUCCUGUUUGGUAUUUGCUACUGAAUGUGCGAAACUCUACUUUCUGGACAUCCAAGCCUUCACUAUUCUCAAUGAAUUUUCUAUGCCUGGUAUAGCCAGUCACCUGGCUAUUUCGGGGCUGUAUGUUGUGAGCUACGUCGUAAUAUUUACCACUCGUAAUGGCUGUUUGUACACGAUGAAUGAAAAGAAAACAGAGUGUAUUGCCAGUUUCAGCGCUCCGUCAAUCGGGCUGGUUCUUCAGGGAGAUUUCAUCAUGACCGCCCUUAUGGAUUCUACCUUACAUUGUUUCACCAUUCAAGGUAUGAAGCAGUGGAGUGUGGAAUUACCGGGCAUACCUAUCACUUUAGCCUCAAUUCCUAUAAUGAGUUUAUCGCUGAAACUGGUUGCAGUUUCGUGCCGGUUUAGGGACGAGAAAACCAGUCAUUUGUUCUUUUAUUCGGGCCCUCAGCUUAUGCAUUCAAUUGCGACCCCACAACCUGUGUCCGCAAUAAUAUUUGGUCCGUAUGGUCAAGGAGAAAGCGCUCUCAUCACAAUUUCAACAAGGGGCAGUCUGAACAUACGGCUAUUAAAGAGAACGGCUCAAUUUGGAUGUGGUGAGAGAGCAGGAAUUCUAGCACUGCCUCCUCCUAACUCUCAAAUUAAGCUGAAUGUUCCCAAAAAAAGCAAGCUCUUGGUCGAACAAACCCUCAGAGAACGCGAGCAAAAGAUAGAGAUUUACGAGCAAUGGAAGCGAUCGUGGCUCCAUCUGAAUGUUAUGGCAUGCGAGGAGUACUUGAAAGCCCUUCAAAGUUCAGCUGUAUCUCAAAAUAACUCGCUGAAACUUACGGCUCAGGAAAAUUAA